AUGGCUGGGUUACAUAAGGACCCCGAGGAGUGGUUUCACAUUGAGGAUCCUGAAGAGCUAUAUGAAGUUCCAUUGAAUUUAGCUGAAGACCCAUAUUUUCUCAUCAACGCUCCAACGCACCCAGAGGAGCAUGAUACGGAAGAGGACCCAUUAGAGGAUGAGGAAGAAGACGAUCCUAAGGAGGAAGAAGAAAUGGAUGACGAGGACAUACCACAUGAGGCCCAAAAGACUGAUGUUGACGAUCCUACCGAGGAUGAGGAGGAUCGCGCUGAGGAGGAACCCGCUCCUCCUACUCCACCAGUCUCUCCACCACGACAACAUUAUCGACCAUACCGCCUUUGUAGCAAGGCACUCAGGUUUAACCUUGAGAAGGACCCGAUACAACACCUCAUGUCACAAGCUGAUUGGAUGAAGGACAAAGUUGGAUCCCUAGAGAGUCUCAUAAUAGACUUUGGUUCUACUUCCCUUUCACAUCAAGUCGAGGUGCUUGAAGAGGGGAAGAAGGAGGAUUCUGAUGUCAUUCAGAAUUUUUAUCAUCACUCCAGUGCUGAUCGCACUACAGUAAAUGCCAUGAGUACUCAGGCAGUUGUCGCUGCUCGAGAACUCUAUUACAUCUUGGAUCAGUUUGAGGAUUAUGUCCUCUACAUGAUGACUCACUUUGGGAAGAGAAUGCCUAGACGAAAAGAACCACGAGUUCGUCCGCCACCGACUCCUGGGACUAACAGCAGAGGUCUUCCAGAUAUAACUCAAACAACAGAAGGAACUCCAGACCCUGUAGAAAGCCCCAAGCACAACAAAUACCAAUACAACUUUCCAAAUGGAUCCCACUAUGAUGCAAAAUACGAUUGCACAAGGGAUUGCUACAUCCUUGGUGACAUAUGA